AGGGCUUUGUCUUCAAUUUUUCUUUCGCUCUGCUGAGAGACCUGACCUAAAUCACGGGUUUAGGAUCCUGUGGAUUCGAUUUUCUUCAGGUGAAAGGCUUUUCUUCUCAUUAUCAUUGUUUCUCCGACCAAUUUAGUGGAUAAAGACGUAAUGUGAUUGUUGCGUUCGAUUUCAGAUGCGACUGAUUCGGUUUUAGAUGCAUAAGUGGAUAAUGGGUAUUCUAGAUUCAGUAAUUGAGGUUUCAUAGCUGUUAAAGAUUAAGUUUUUGGCUGAUACAGGACAAUAUCUGAUCCUGUAACUGUUACUUACUCUGUUCCUCUUUGAAGCUUAAGGUUUUAGAUCAGAAUUUGUGAGUUUAGUCUCUCUUGUUUGAGAUGGAUAGGACUUGUUGGUAUUAUGAUCAGUUAGGUGUGAAUAAGAUUGGGAAGAACAUAAAGAAGAGUCCUUUACCACAACCACAAGGUUAUAGCAUGAGCAACAAUGAUUUUACAAGUAUUGUUCAACAGCUUACGGAUUCUCCGUCGCGUGAGAGUUUACCUCAGCCUCUUCCUCGGAAUCUGUUGAAGCCUCAGCAGAAGAUUAGACCAGUGGGUCAAAUACAGAUAAACCGGCCCUGUGUUCCUCCUCCUGUAAUGGCUCAACCUACUCAUGAGUUUGUUGCUAGACCUCCAAUGCAUCCUUUGCCACAUGGUUCACAACCAAUUAUCAGUCAUGGAGACCAGUUUGGGUCUAAUACAGCUGAGUCUUCUGUCUCGGUGUAUAUGCGUUAUCGUCAAAGCUCACUUGGAGAUUCUGGACCUAAUGAAAACCAAAUGCAGCCAUCUCAUGACAAUCAACAGCAGCCACAGGUGGAAGGUCAAGCUCAAUCGCAUAAUCAUCAUUCGCCACGGUUCAAUGAUUCUGCACGAAACACACCCAUUUUGCCAACUCCUAAGUUCGACGGUCCGCCACAACAGAUGCAUAAUAAUAGUCUUCCUUCUCCUCGAUUCAACGGUCGAGGGAUAUUACCUACUCCAACGUCCCAAUAUCGUCCACAAUCUCCAACUGCUUACCGGAAUUUGCUCUCCCCUAGGUCACCUUCUCCGCUGCUGUCUACAGGAGUUCAAUAUCCUCCACCACUAACACCAAGAAACUAUACAUUCUCAUCAAUGGAUCAACCUGGAAUUCUCGGUCCGGGCACAAUUCCUCUGCCUCAUGCAUCUCCGUUUGGGGUUAUACCAAUAUCUAGUCAAAGAUGGAGAGGUUACUAAGAUGCUCCAUCUUCUUCACUUGACUCUUAGGUUAGUGUCUCUCUACUAUCAAAGGUGCAAUCUUUCGGAGCUUAUAGGUUACAGCAGUACAGAGCUGUUAAAACACUACUUUAUUGUGCCUUUGAGAAUACGAAAGAUCUUAAAGUUGAGCAAUUCGCUAUAAAAUAAGGAGUUAGUGUUUAGUAGUUUCAUAUAUUUUCAUAAGGAGUUACAUAAGUUUAGUCAUACAUCCCAACACUUUCAAAUGACUAGAAAAUAAAACUUCAAUGAACUCGUUUUGUUC